GAGAGAGAGAGAGAGAGAGAGAGAGAGAGAGAGAGAGAGAGAGAGAGAGAGAGAUGCCACAGGCUCACCGCACACUCCUUCAGUCAGUUUUUUUUAGCUUCUUAGUGUUGCAGGUAUGAAGACAGCCGUAUGAAGAACCGCACAGACAAAAGGGGCUCGUUUCAGUGUCUCCGCUGUGCAGAGCGAUGCGGGCGUGGAGCUGUCCCCGGUGCUGAACCGCCGCUGUCCGCGGUGCUGAAACACGGCGCUCCGGUCCCACAGCGACGUUCAUCGACGUGAAUGCUAGACCAGCGGAGGACAUUCACAUCAAGCCUGCGUGGAAAGGAUGAGGAGGGUUUUCAUGUCCACAUCGCUGCUCAUAUUGAGCUGUUUCGGAGCGUCGUGGGUCUUGGCUGACAGUUUGGCUGCUCCGGUGAACGUGUCCAUCAGAGAUCUAAAGGGCAGCUCUGCUGUGGUGACAUGGGACAUCCCAGACGGGGAGCCAGUCAUCGGCUUUGCCAUCACGCAACAGAAAAAAGACGUUCGCAUGCUGCGCUUCAUCCAGGAAGUGAACACUACCACACGGAGCUGUGCAUUGUGGGAUCUGGAGGCAGAUACGGACUACAUAGUGCAUGUCCAGUCCAUCAGCGUAAGCGGGCCGAGUCCCCUCAGCGAACCUCUGCAGUUCAAAACCCCCAAAGAAGCCGAAACGCAGGCCUCUAAGAGCAAAGACGAAGUGACCAUGGAAGAAGUGGGUCAGAACGCUCAGCUCCGGGCCGGGGAGAUCAUCAUCAUCGUGGUGGUUCUGAUCAUGUGGGCCGGUGUGAUCGCUCUCUUCUGCCGUCAGUACGACAUCAUCAAAGACAACGAGCCCAACAAUAACAAGGACAAAGCCAAGAACUCGUCCGAGUGCAGCACCCCGGAGCAUCCGUCGGGAGGUCUGCUGCGCAGUAAGGUAUAAGCGCUGCCCUGGGGGACAGACCACACUAGGCAGUUCUCAGAGAACAACAACAAUAACCGAACACCAUCUGUGAACAUUAUCAAUGCGUGACAGGAUGGUUUCCGCCUCGCUGGAUUCUGCUUUUUACCGCACGGAUACGGAGCGGCCGCAUGCGCUCAUCCUCCAAACGGGAAGCAGGAAUGCUGGAAGUUCCCUGAGAACAGCCGGAAUAAUCCUGCACCUGAAAGAGAAGCCAGAAAGAUGAUGUUUCGCACAGCUCUGGCUCCAGCGGUAUGGAGACAAAACCGAAUCUGUGGCUGUAAGCGGCAGGAGAAAGAAAGAAAUACCGGGGGGGAAAAAAGACCCUUCUCACUUCUCCAUCACUUUUCAGACAACUGGCGUCUGCAAGGAGAUCUAAAACUCUCUCUUUUAACCUCGAAAACUCCCGUUUCUCUUUUACCCUUUUCAAACGGCAUGAUCCACAUUCUUCUCAACGGCGGCGAAAGCUUUUAUAACAAACCUGUAGCAAGCCACUACACGCAGGACAAACAUUUCUAGCGGUCAAAAAAAUUGCUCAUUCCUAUGUCGCGAAAAACAGUACGUCCGAACAUUUAAAUCAGCUUGGGUAUGCAAGCAUUAAGGGGACGUUCCUUUUUAGAAUUUUGAGAACGCAGGAACGUUAUUUUCGAAUGUUCUCCGUUCUCUUGGAUUUCAAAUGUCUGAAACAACAUUCGAAAUCCGGGAUUUAAAACACCAGUUAAAACACGAGGUUUGAGGGUUUUAAACAAAGGAAAGCUGUAAAGUAAAUUCCCGCCCAAUCCCUGCACGAAUGAGACAUUAUUCGUGCGAUUAUGAAGCACACGGGGUCAGAUCAGUUCCACUGAAGCUCAAGAUCAGUGUUGCUUUUGUUAAGCAGAACUAAACUGUUAAAAGCUGCAUUUAACGAAAUAAAGCUGGAAUAAAAAAAAAACUUA